AUGCGAAUGCCACCAGGACCUUUCCCACUGCCAAUUGUUGGAAACACGUUUUCGUUGCCAGAGAAAAAGCCGUGGAUAUAUUUUGAAGAGUUGGCAAAGAGAUACAAGACGCCUUUGCUGACAUUUUGGAUUGGAAGAAAUCCUACGAUAUGGAUAUGCGACGCGUGGGUGGCAUCAGAAUUGUUCGACAAGAGAGCGGGAAUUUACGCAUCUCGACCACGUAUGGUGGUUUUCGGAGAGCUUGGGCCUGGCCAAUCUAGUCUUGUCUCAAUGUACUAUGGAUCGCGCUGGCGAGUCCAUCGAAAAUUGACACAUAUGGGAGUUGGCUUGCAACAAGUGCGGAAUUAUUUGGACUUUCAAACGGAUGAAAGCCGACUAGUAGCAUAUAAUCUUCUAACGACGCCAGAAGAUUUCGUAGUCCAUCUCGAACGAUACGCAGCCAGUGUUGUGUCGAUAAUAGCAUUCGGGAGAAGAAUAACAAGCACAAAAGAUCCAGUAAUCAGUGAAGUGCUAGCGGUAAUGCAGAAAGCUGCAGAGCUCAAUGUGCCAGGGAAAUCGUUUCCCAUGCUUUUGGAAACUUUUCCAUUGCUGGCCAAGUUUCCAAAUAGCAUUGCACCAUGGAAACAUGGCCUUGGAAGCAAACGAAACGGAGGAGAUCGUGGUCGACCGUUCUACUACGCUCUAGCAGAAGAAGCAGCCGCAAAUGAAAAUCAACAGCAAUGCUACGCGAAGAAGGUGUUUGACGAAGCACCAAAAUAUAAUUUAAGCAGAGAGGAGAUCGCAUCACUAAAUGGUAGCCUUUUUGGCGCUGGAAGCGACACGUCUAGCUCGACACUUGUCACUUUCUUCCUCGCAUGCACAGCAUUCUCCGAAACACUUACGCCGGCCUGGGAAGAGUUGGAUCGUGUUGUUGGUUCGGAUCGAAGUCCUCUGAUGGACGAUGAACCGAACCUGCCAUAUGUCAAAGCAUUCGUCAAGGAGGUGUUCCGAUGGCGGUCGGUAGCAAUAAUUGGAGGGCAGCCGCAUGCACCAAUUCAGGAGGAUACGUACAAGGGUUGGUUGAUUCCAAAGGGCACUUGGAUCCAGGGAAACCUUUGGGCCAUCCAUCGUCAUGAGCGUGACUUUCCAGAGCCUGACCGUUUUAACCCUUCUCGAUACCUCAAAGACAGCCCGGAUUCAAGACCUUUUCCGAACGAAAGAGGAUAUAUGGCCUUUGGCUGGGGCAGACGAGUAUGUAGUGGACAAGGUCUGGCAGAGCAAGGUACCUUUAUCACGAUUGCUCGGUUGCUCUGGGGAUUCCGCAUCGAGAAGGCCAAAGACUCCAGCGGGAAGGAGAUUCCGGUCGACAUCUUCAACUACACAAACGGCCUCAAUAUGCGUCCAGAGCCUUUUCAAUGCCAUAUCUAUCCGAGAAGCGCCGAGAUCCGUGACACGAUCAAGCGCGAGGGAGAAGAGGCAGAGAGGCGCCUCUCCGUGUAUGACGGGGAAACAAAGUACUCCUUCAGCCAGUACAACAAGAAGUGA